CCCCCAUGCCCCCGACCCUCCCUCCCUGUGGCCCCAUUCUAUGUAGAUGAAAAUGCAAGACUAUAUUUGGACAGAGCUGAUGUCACAAGUGGUUUGAGCAAUGAGCCUAUAACUGUUGGAGUCGGUGUGUGUGACAGUCUGACAAACCCUGGAGGGCUCCAGUGACAGACUGGGAUCUACUGCCUACUGGCUGACACAACAGAAAGUAAUUCCUACACUAUGUAUCACCUGAGGCUGCCUGUGCUUCUCCUUGUGUUGCUUGUGGUGCUGCGCUGCAUCACUGCUGCCCCAAGCUACAGGUACUUCAGUCCGAGCUCAUCCAGCGAGCGGGAAAGUGAUCUCCCAGACACUGAUGGCUGGUUAGCUCCUGGGCUAAUAUCCAACGCUUUCUUCGGCCUUGUGGGUUCACGACCGCAGAGGGGACUCACAGCUAUGGACAGCCACCACAUGGAGAAAAGAAAAUGUAACACAGCAACCUGCGUCACCCAAAGGCUAGCGGACUUCCUGGUCCGAUCUAGUAACACUAUCGGUACGGUCUACGCACCGACCAACGUGGGAUCCGGCACCUACGGCAAGAGGGACUUUCUGCAGCCCCCCAGCUUCCUGCCUCUCUAGUGCCGACUGAGGAACGUCCCAGCGCGAUGAUGAUGUAACCACGCGUCUUAUGUAACAGUGAUUGUGAGAAUGACGUGACUAAAGGUGACAAUGAUAGUGUUGGUGAUGAUAUCUUGUUUAUUUGAUCAACUUUAAGAACUAGUGCCUUUAAUUUGAAACAUCAAAGUCAAUAUAUGUUCUUUCCUUUUGGACUUUUGUGCAUAUCGUGGCUCUGUUAAUGUUGUUUUACGGUAGCGUAAUGUGAAUAUAACAAUACAUCAAAGUGAGGAACAAAACAAUAAAGAAAAGAAGACAGAUGUA